CCUCUUUGCUUUACAUAUUCACCUAUACACUCCUUUGCAUUGAAUUCACAAGCACCCAAUUGCUUGCUGCAUAUUUUCCAUUGAUUCAAUCUAGCAACCAAAAAAAACCAACCUUCAAUAUGACGCGCGCCCAGCAGACGAUCUCGGUUCUCCUGCUCGUCUCAUCACUCUACCUCGUUCUCUACCUGGGCCUGGUUCCCCUGAACACCACCAUCCAAAAGGAGGUCAUCCCAGUUUUACCGUUCUACGCCCUGAUCUGCUUCGGGUGCUAUCUUCUCGGUCGAUUGGGGUUGGCGAUCUUAACGUUCAACGAUGUGCCCGAGGCGCACCGGGAGCUGCAGAAGGAGAUUGAGCAGGCCCGGACGGAGUUGCGCAAGGUCAAUGUCGAUGUUGACUAGAGGGUUGGCGCUCGCUUCUUAGGUCAAUUGAUUGAGCGGUCUAUCGAGGGCUUUUGUUACUGGGAGUCUCGUCUGUGCACUACUUGCGAUAUUAUACCCGAGGUCUUGGAAGUUUUCAUGUGUGACAGCCGAAAAUAAGGACAAUGAGCUGGCUGGCAUUUGCGUUCGGUUUGAGUUGGGGGAUAUAAAGGGGACGGGCGUGCUUGCGGGUUCUCUUAAGCUCGUCCAGUGGCACAGCACGCAUCACUCCCCGUCAAUAAGCCUUCUACAGUGAGACCAGAUGCCAAUGCCGCACAAUCACCUUAUCUGAAUAACCAGAACUCUUCAUGAGUCUGAAUCUGUGGUCUUCUUUUAUUCUUUAUACCCUAAUCACCUACAUACCAGGCCUUAAUCAAAGCGAGCCAAGAUCCUACCAACUGCAAAUGCAAAAUAGCUUUUCUCUAUCAAUUACCAUCAAUGAACAUCAUUCGU